ACCUGUCUUCUUGUUUUGUUAUGCAUCCACACAAAACCCCACUUCUCAGUUGAGAUUUUAAAUUCGUUAUCCUUCCUGUCGUUUGCAUACACGACGCCGUACACCGAAAUGACCUCACCGCCGACACCAAAUGCCACUCUCUCAUUCCCGCUCGCUUCCAUCGCACCGGCGAAGAUUUCCGCCGACGUCGCACCGCCAUGCCGCCGGUAGCUCAUCCGCUGUCAUGUCUUCGGAAUCCACCGCCUUCCAUCUCCGGCGAAACCUCGGCUCCGCGCUCUUCUUCUUCGCCGUUUCUCUCUCCUGCUUACUCGUCUUCCGAAACGCCUCUUACUCUCGCUUCACCUCGUCGUAUCCGUUAUCUCGUUUUCAGACCGUUUUUCCGUCGGCGUCCAACGAUUCCUUCGCGGUUAGCAAUGAACAUUCACUUGAAAUAAUUCUGAAUAAGGCUGCCAUGGAAGACAGAACUGUCAUCUUGACUACGUUAAAUGAGGCAUGGGCAACGCCAAAUUCAGUCAUUGAUCUUUUCCUUGAGAGCUUUAGAAUUGGAGAUCGUACUCGUAGGCUUUUGAAUCAUUUGGUAAUUAUUGCUUUAGACCAGAAUGCAUUUAUACGCUGUCAGGUCAUACACACCUAUUGCUAUUUGCUUGUUAGUGAAGGCAUUGAUUUUCAUGAAGAGGCAUACUUUAUGACUCCUCACUACUUGAGGAUGAUGUGGAGACGGAUUGAUUUCCUACGUUCUGUUCUAGAGAUGGGGUACAAUUUUGUGUUCACGGAUGCUGAUAUCAUGUGGUUAAGAGACCCAUUUCCACGCUUUCACACUGAUGCAGAUUUCCAGAUAGCAUGUGAUCAUUUCACAGGCAGCUUUGAUGAUGUACAGAACAGACCCAAUGGAGGGUUCAACUUUGUAAAGUCCAAUAAUAGGUCAAUAGAGUUUUACAAAUUCUGGUACUCUUCACAAGAAACCUAUCCCGGAUACCAUGAUCAGGAUGUCCUCAAUUUUAUCAAGGUUGACCCUUUCAUUACUGAUUUAGGACUGAAAAUGAGAUUCUUGGAUACAGCAAAUUUUGGUGGGCUUUGUGAACCAAGUAGAGAUUUGAAUAAAGUUUGCACGAUGCAUGCAAAUUGUUGCUUUGGUAUGGAUAGUAAACUUCAUGACCUUAGGAUUAUGCUUCAAGAUUGGAAACAUUAUUUGACCUUGCCUCCAAGUUUGAAGAGACUGUCCAUUAUUUCCUGGCGGGUUCCUCAGAAAUGCAGCCUUGAUUCUCUCAAGCAUCAGGGUUCUCCAGAGAAGAGUGUUCAAGAAGAUUGAAGUUAUCAUUGCAUGUGUUAAUUUCUUAGACAUUGAGGUGGAAGUUCAGCUAAAAUGCUGCAGGACGAAUUUUUCUUUUAUUGGUUUUUUCCUCCCAGUUAGCUCUGCUAGUGUAAAUGAUGAGAAUGUUGCUGAAGUAAAGACAGCUCUGGCAGAUACAAAUUUGAAGAGAAAAAACAUUUUUUCUAGACCAAGUACGGAAGAAGUGUAUAUUUACACUCAUGCAAUAUGAAAGACGUGACAUGUUCAAUUUAUUGAAAUUGUUUGUACUUUGCACAAUUUUGUGCAAUAUUAUUGUGUACUUCUCUUGGUUUCUUUUUCCAGCGCUCAACCCUCCACCCUGUUUUUUCUCAAGCAUUACAGAUUACAGAACACAAA